AUGGCCAAUGGAUAUACGUUCGUCAUUGCAGAGACGUCUGAAAGAACAGACAUCAUGCAGUCAUACCAAUUGGAGGCUUCGCGGCUUCCACCGCCUCAGCCCGCGACUCCACCGACGGCACCUCCGCCACCCGCGCCUCCACGGGCGCGCCUGCAGUCGUCGCCGCUGCCGGUCCGGUCACCUGCACCGAACGGGCGCCUCUCGCCCCCGCCACGGCCCCCACCUCCAGCCCCGCCGCCGCCGCCCUGUUCCUCCGCAGUGCCGGAACCGGUGGACGCUGAGGCUGACGUCACGCCGCCGCCGCCGCCGUCGCCCAUGGAGGUCGUUGCUACGCCUCCUCAUCUGAGCAUACCCAGUGGCGGUGCGCGGCCUGGGCAGGUUUUCCACGGGGGCACGUCGUCCGCCCCUGGUAGCUAA